AUGCUUUCAACCGCUACAUCAGGAAAUAUGUCCGGAUAUCCGCCAGCUCCAUCGUAUGGGGGUGCCGACCCCCGUUGGCCUGCUAACCAACAAGCAGGUUACGACCCGAAUAUGCCCUAUCCCCCAUAUAAUAUGAAUCCACCAUAUGUUCCUCCUCGAGACCCUCACACCAUGUAUGGUGCACAUGCGGGAGCUCCUUACAUGAACCCUGGGGCUCACCCGUUCACCCCGAAUAAUAUUCCGAAUAAUCCUCCUCCACCAGCUACGUACCACCAACCAAUCGAGGAAGCAGAGCAGUUAUCAGACGCGAUGGACGUCGACGCAAGGGAAGAGGGCGAGUUGAGCAGCUGUGGAGGGGAUGUUGAACGACGGAGCUUUAAUUCCGAUAAUCGGUCCUCUCAUCGACAUGAACGACAUGAGCCCCAUGCUCAAUCCUCGAGCGGCCUGAGACAGGGUGAUGCCAGUACGGACCUUGAAGCGAAUGGAGCUCAAUCUACGGGAACAGGCAUUCUCACAGGAUCACAGGAGAAACCUGACAUCCCAGAAAAGGGCCCUUCCGCAAAAGACGAUGUUCACACGAGCUCCCUGGCGGGGAAGUCUCCUUCGCAACUGAAAGUCCUUGCGCAAGGAGCGCUAUUAAAUCUUGCACCACACAAGAUUCGAUAUAACGAACUCGUUCAAGAAGGCAUUGAUGCAGCAGUAUUGAAGUCCUUGUAUGAUGAAAUCGGGAUAAAAAUCAUGGCGGAGCCCGACAACAAAGCAGUCUUAGCUCACACAACCUCUAAUGAAGCUUCACCCGUGGCACAGAAGACCUCGCAGGCCGUAGGUCUAAACACCCCCAACGGCGCAUCUUCAGGGCAGGGUAAACCGACAGCACCCGCCAGGGAAGAGCAAGCGGCAACAGCGAAGCAAAAUAAUGAAGUCACUUCUGCUAACUCUAAUAAGCCGAUGGAACGCAAAGAUGUUAUUGCCCGCAUGUUGGCAGCGAAGGCUGCAAAAGCUCCAGCUCCCGCAGGAACCCCAAGCCAAAGCGCUAGCUCCCAGCCAACUAAGAUGGCAAUUCGGCCGCUUAAUGAAAGCACUACCCAACCAGCACAAAGUACGCCACUAAGCACGGCGCAAAGCACGGCACAAAACACGCGUGAUGAAGUUCGCACAAAAGAAAAGAACAAAGCCCAAACGGAAUUGGCUAGGCAGCGAAUGGAACAACUUAAGAAAGUUGGACUCGGGAAAACUAAUACUCAAAUUCCUGGCCUCGUUUCGACUCCUCCAGCAAUAGCAAACAUGGAUAGUUCUGUCCCUACGGCCUCUCAGGAACCAUCAUCCCUCCCUCAUCCCUUACCCGAUCGUCCUCCACUGCCAGGCAACGCAGCCUCAACCCGCAUUCCAGGACUAAUCAUGACAAACUCUGAGUCGAGCAAGGUCGAUGAGCCCACUACGAACGAUCAAACCCAGAAUGAGAAAAAGGAAGUCACCGAACCCUCCUCUCGUAUGCCUCGGAAACGCCCUAGAGCUUCAGAUUUUACCGAUGACCUUGACGAUACACCGGCAAGAAAAUACUCCGGAGUAGGGCACCGUUCGACCAGUGCUGAACAGAGAGUCAUUAUUGAUAUCAGUGACGACGAGGCCAUGUAUGGCCUAGAUGACGACGAGGCUGGGGGAAUGACCGAUGCCACGAAUUUGUCGCGCGUUACUAGCUCCUCUACGAAACCAACAAUACGAGAACUACCCCCUUUGCCUGAUUUUCCGCCCCGGAAUUAUGGUUCUCAUCGGUCCACCCCUGUUACGGUAUCAAGUACUCCUCCAAAGCCAACCAAUGGUCUACUUCAGAAAAAUAUGGAGAUACUGGCCAUGCGGCAAAGGAUUGCAGAGUUAGAGGCCCGACGGGGUAAGAAGCAAACAACGGCUCAAAACCGAAAUGCCGAAUCUUCGAAUGAAUCGGGUGCCACUCAAUCAGACGAUGCACAACAAGAAGCUGAGAACUCGUCUUCUGAACUGGAAAAUGCCCGGAAGACGUUGAAACAAACCGUUGAGCGAGCCUUGAGCGAAGCUAAUGAGCCUACCACGAGUGCCUCGACGGUGUCCAUCCCUGUAACAAGCUCAUUAAUCAAUCCCCCCAGUCUAUCACCAGCACCAUCUUCUCAGGCUAUUUCUCACCCUAAUUCUCGCCGAGCUGAAGAAUUAAGGCUAAAAGCGCUCCGCAGAAAGGAAAUUGAGUCUGGGCUUCCACUUCUCGACGCUGAGUUGCUAAAAACCGAACAGAAAUUAGCCGAAUUCCGUGAACAAGAGAGGAAAUUACUUGAACAAAUCGCCAAAGGGAGGGAAGGAAAACGCCGGUUGAUUGAAGAGCUGGAAAGUUUAGGGAUUGAGACUGAGGGGCUGUCUAUGGCAGAGCUUAAGGAAAUAUCGAAUGAUAUUGAGAGCACGGAAGACGGUUCAGUAAAUGAGCAAGAACCAGCUACAAAAACCACCAUCGACCAGAAUCAACAACACGAAAUUACCCCUCCUAAUGAUGAUAAAGGCAAUGCUCCCGAUACUAACGUCCCUGAUGCAAGCGAGGAGGCUAGCUCCCCUGACCCUCAUUCAGCACAGGCCGAAGGCGACGUUCAUGAUGCAAGCAACUCACAGGAUGAGAUCAUGCAGGGAACAUCGUCUGCCGAAACACACGAGCUCCGUGAAGGGUCCUAUUCAAGCUCCGCCAUGGAUGAAUCUAUGGGAAGUUCUGAGGAUGAAUCAGAGGAUGAACCCGCCUCAGUGGCUAAAUCGCUAUCACUCGCUAGUACUGGCAACGAAGCAGCAACGACCACCAGGGACCCUUCUCCCCACCACGUAGAAGUCAACGCCUCGCAGAAUGACGCCUGUGUAACAGGCACAACUUCUAUAUUACCAAACCAGGAUGAUGACGAAUAUUGCCCUACUCCGCGAGAGGCCUCGGUUUUAUCUGACGGAUAUGAACCGCCGGAGCCAGACGUAUCAAUGGAUGAUGGAUCGCUAGACAGCCCUCCAUUCAGCCCGGCUCCUCCAGACCCAAUAGAACAGAUAUCUAUAGCGCCACCCGAAACCCGAGAUACCCCGAUGCUAACUCCUAGUAACCAAGAAGCAGCCACUACAACGGCACCGGAAUCCCCCAUGAAUGAUGCCAAUGCGCCUUCGCAUCAACUCACUCAUCGUUUCGACCCCUACCAUAGUCCAUUGAAUAUAUUUAGGGCAUACCGCUACCAUCCUAAUUUCACAGAUCAUGUAGAGGGUGGUUUCCGCUCCCUGACAUACAGCCACAAAAUUGACCCACAUAAACCACUAUGUGAUCUUGAAAUUACCGGUGGCGUUUGUGACGCCCCUUCCUGUGGCUUCCAACAUUUUCGAGACAUGAAUCUGAGUGAUGAUAAAAUCCUCGUCGAAAUGGGCUCAUUGCGAGAAGGCAAAACUCCAGCUGAACGUGAAGAGUACGUGACUGGCCUCAGACAAAUCAUCAAUGACAUGCGACGUGAUAAGGUGAAAGACUUCGCCAUAGUUGCGCAGGAAAUUGCUGCAUAUCGCAGACGCUUCCUUCAAGACCCCUCUCGAGUUUUAGCUCUGUAA